AUGUCACAACUAAGCAGGAUUUCCGAACUUUCAGUCGUGAUCCAAACCAGCACCUCCAAGAUCGACGAGUACCUAUCAGCCGAAGGCCUCCCACCACUAUCCUUUGAUGUGCACAGCGCCUCCAAACCGCCAGACGCCAUCUUGCCCUUCCAAACCGCCAUCCUCGAAGCGAUCGACGAACUCCAUGCCCUGGUCCAAGGACCCGUGCCUUUCAUAAUCAACCUUACCAGCCGCAAUCACAACUCCCUCAUCAGCCUGCACGCCAUCUACCGCUUCAGCAUCGCGUCCAGCAUCCCCAUCGACGGCGAAGCCACCUUUGCGCAGAUAGCGGAGCGGUGCAACCUCGCUGAAGAUGACGCCCGCCGCCUCCUCCGACACGCCAUGACAUUCCGAAUCUUCCGCGAGCCGCGCGAGGGCGUGGUGGCGCAAACGGCGGCUGCAGCAAUGGGUCGGCCAGACGUGCGAGGAUAUGUGGCCGGCGGCGACGAGGGUCAUCCGGUUUAUGUGGAGAUUGGGAAGGAUGAGCAGCGGGCGCAGAGGUUUGCCGAUGCGAUGACUUUCUUUCACCAGAGGCCGGGGUUGAAUAUGAAAUACCUGCUAGAGGAGUAUGAGUGGGUCUCCGGGCGUGAUCGUACCCUAUUUGUGGAUGUAGGCGGCUCGCACGGCCCUGUCUCCAUCGCUCUGGCAGAAAAAUUCCCAUCGUUCCACUGCAUCGUGCAGGACCUACCGGAAGUCAUCGAAAAGGCCAACGCACCACCACCCGCCAUAGCGUCACGGGUCGGAUACAUGGCGCACGACUUCUUCGAACCGCAGCCCGUCUGCAACGCUGACUAUUACUACUUCCGUUGGAUUCUACACAACUGGAGCGACAAAUACGCUCUCCGGAUUCUGCGUUCCCUGGUGCCUGCCAUGAAGCAUGGUGCCAGGGUCAUUGUGAACGAGUUCUGUGUCCCACCACCCGGAGUGUUGAGCCUGUACCGGGAGCGUGAUGUGCGAGGAUAUGACAUGGCGAUGAAGGAGCUGCAGAAUGCGAAGGAGCGGGAUGCAGGGGAGUGGGCGAGACUGUUUGAAACGGCUGAUCGUAGAUUUUUCAUGAAGGAGAUUAGAGAGCCCGCGGGGAGUGAUUUAGCAAUCAUUGUAGCGGAGUGGGUGGCAAAGGACGAAGUAGAGGAGAAGCAAACAGCGUAG